CAUCCGUCCUCCGUACCGCGGAACUCGAGAAGAAGAAGAAGAGGGAGAAAAAUAUCUUCGCGACGAGCCCCCUCCUCCUCUCUCUCUCUCUCUCUAGCUAGCUGAUGAUUCUCCUCCGCAGCGGCGGAUGGAGGCCAGAAGAACCGCCAACGACUCGUCGAGAUCGAGCUCCCUGACGAUCGGCGAGCGGAUCUGCGCCGCGUGCAUACCGCUCGUGUCCAUAGUGGAGAUUCUCGCCUUCGGCGUCGGCAGCUGCUGCGAGAACCGGCCGAGGCGCAAGAAGCGCCGCUACCGGUUCGGCGAUGUCAAUCGCCUCGCCAGGGAGACGAGAUUCACGAGCAAUGAAGUCGAAGCGCUGUUCGAGCUGUACAAGAAAUUGAGCAGUUCAAUUAUUGACGACGGCCUAAUUCACAAGGAAGAGCUUCAAUUGGCGCUACUCCGCACUCCUACGGGAGAGAAUCUUUUCCUAGAUCGGGUUUUUGAUCUGUUCGACGAGAAGAAAAAUGGUGUCAUAGAAUUUGAAGAAUUUGUCCGUGCUCUCAGUGUCUUCCAUCCCUAUGCCCCUGUAGAAGAGAAAAUAAGCUUUGCAUUCAGGCUGUAUGAUCUACGGCAGACUGGGUACAUUGAGCGAGAGGAAGUUAGGCAAAUGGUUCUUGCCAUUUUGAUGGAAUCUGACAUGAGACUAUCAGAUGAACUUCUUGAUGCUAUACUUGAUCGGACAUUUGCAGAUGCAGAUGCGGACAAGGAUGGUAAGAUCAAUAAGGAAGAGUGGAAAGCCUUCGUACUUCGAAACCCUUCUCUGUUGAAAAAUAUGACUCUUCCUUACCUGAAGUAUGCAAUCCCUUACUUUCAAUCCGGACAUCACCACUGUAUUCCCAAGUUUUAUUUUCAACACUGAGGUUGAAGAGUAAAGUGUUUACCACACAUUAUCUUGCACAUCCGACAAUUUCAACGGGGUAGAGCUCCGAUGAGAAUUUCAUGUCGAACUAGGCUCGAGAAGAACUCUUGUCAGACUCGCAUUUUCUGCAGAGUUUGCUGGACACUGGGGGACAUAUGUACCAGGGUUUGAGGUGAAGCAGGCUGUGAUGGCAACUUAAGAAAGGCAGUCGCUGAUGAAUUGCUGACUUCUAGGGAGCAUCUUUUGCCAUUUUCUCAACUUGUCCAGUUGAAUAGCAGACAGUUGGAUCGGGGCUCGGCAGGACUGGCAAAUUGGAGGUUUCCGAAAGUAAAGACUACCAUGACUUUUGGAGGUGGACCGACAAAUGGAGCUUCUGCUUCUAUUUCAGAAGCGAAGUAAGGAUUAUUUUUGCAUGUUUUGUUACUUGCAAUCAAGAAGAGACUUCUGGGAGGGGCGGUAGCGAACGUGGUGUUUGAAUGCCGCAGAUUGAUCUAUUUUUGGAAGUGUUUUGAAGAGAAAAUUAGGACUCUCUCACUGGGGUUUUACCUUUUUCACCAAAUGGCUGUUUUCUAGACAGGUUUGCCUUUUGUAUCUCCCUUUGGAGGGUAGGUUUUUUGGCAUCCCCUGAAGGCUUCGGUGCACGGUACUGCCGUGAGUCUUGUUAACAAGAACUCGAAACACUUGUUUAGUAUGGUUAACUUGGGUGUGUUUGUUUGAGGUAAAGUGAUUUUCUGGAA